AUGCUUCCAAAUAUCUCAGAUACUUGGGCUCUCGUGGGGUCAGCGGUAGGCUUGGGCUGUGCUAGCUUACUGCUGGCGUCGCGGAUCACAACUUGCGCAGCCGUCUUUGCGCAAUUGCGUCGCCCGAAGCCGCACGACAACUGGUACGAGGACGAAGAUGGCAAGAGCGCACCAGAAUUGAUGUCCAGAUUUUCCAACAAAACUCCCAAGCUGGUGUGUCUUUAUCUUGCUUCUAUGGCUUUUGGGGCAUCUGUGGCGAUAUCCGUUCUCGGUACCCUACACCUCGAAUCACAAAACGCAAAGAUUUCUUCCUGGCUACUGACUGCUGGCUGGACAAUCAUCCUGCUCCAAGCUGUGGCCAUUCGCCUUGAUGUUGACCCAGUACGAUGCUAUGAGCUUGGCCUUCGACUGGCUGCAGCGACAGUGUCAAUCGCACCAGGAAUUAUUUUGCAGGGACUCUUUUACGCAAAUCAACCGAUUGAUUCCAGACGUGUCAUUCUGAGUCUCAUGACGGGAAAUGCAUUUCUGUGUGUGUGCGUGAGCCUUGGCGCACUUUUAAUUCCCAGGCGCCCCCAGGUUUAUCAUAAUGGACGAACAGUUUCUGCUGAGCAGUCGGUGUCUGCGCUGCAAAAAGCCAUGUUUCUAUGGGUGCAGCCACUGAUCAGGAAAGCAAAAAGCCAGGGUGAUCUCAACCACGAAGACGUCCCUUCAAUGGAGAAUUAUGCUAGAGCUGAUCAAUUGACUACGCAGUGGGCUCGUGCGAAGCAUACCGGCAGUCUCGUCAGGUCGCUUUUCCGAACCUAUUGGGGAGAGUUGAUGCUGCUUUGGACUUGCGUCAUCAUACGAUCGAUUGUUGGGGUCGGGCCGUUCUGGGCCAUGUCGCAGCUCAUUCAGAGGCUGGAGAGAGUCGACAAGGAACCACAAGAGGGGCCAAGUCUAUGGAUGUUUCCCCUUCUGAUCGGUCUAUUCACAUUCACUGAACAGUGGAUUGCGAGUCGAAUCAUGUGGCAGUCGAUCAAAAACAUCUUUGCACCGGUCAGAGGACAAUUGUCAGCAUUGAUAUUCGCAAAAGCACUGCGCCGGAAAGACAUUAAAGCAGCCGCCAAUGCCGGAGAUGACGAUGGUCCGCCUGAUGCUAGCAAUGGUGCCGCAAAACAAACAGGUGAGAAUGGGAAAGCAAAAGCCCACGACAACACAGACGAGCUUUCAAAGUCGCGCCAAGCCAUUAUGAAUCUCAUCGGCGUGGACGUAAAGCACAUCUCAGACUUUGCCAUGUUUCAGAUCUUGAUCGUCAGCAGCAUUGGCAAGCUCGUCGUUUUUUCCGUCUACCUGGUCCAAGUCAUUGGUGCGCUGCCGUUUCUUGCGGGCGCUCUUGCAUGGGCCUCCCUGCUGCCAGUCAACUGGAUGGCAUCGCGACGCUACCUUAGCGCAGAGACCAAACUGAUGCGAGACCGUGACCGAAAGCUCGCAGUCGUCAGCGAAGCGGUAAAUGGUCUGCGGCGUAUCAAGUUCUCCGCUCUCGAGGCCCAAUGGGAGAAGCGCAUCCUGGCAAAACGAGAAGAUGAGCUCAAUACACUUUGGGAGGCGUUCCUGGCAAACACCAUGGUAUUUUGCUGCUGGGUGGUGAGCCCGAUUCUGCUUUCUGCAGCAUCCCUUGCUACCUAUACCCUGAUAAAUGGCCAUUUAUCACCAGCAGUUGCGUUUGUUGCCAUCGCCAUGUUCAGAAGCCUAGAGGCUGCUUUGGCCGGCCUGCCAGAGCUGCUGACAGUAGGCUUCGAUACCAUUGUAUCUGUCCGGCGGCUCGAUGUGUUCCUAUGUGAGCCGGAGCUCCAGCCAACAAUAUCCAGCGGCCCCCAUGUCGCGUUCGAGAAUGCGACAAUAUCCUGGCCGACUGACGCGCCGGUGCCGACAACGGGCGGUCACAAGCACGAGAGCUUUACACUGAGUGGGUUGGACGCAGAGUUUCCCGAAGGGCAACUUUCCGUCAUUACAGGAAGAUCGGGAACUGGAAAAACUCUGCUGCUACAGGCGCUGAUUGGAGAGGCUGAACUCUUUGGUGGCCAGAUCGUGAUGCCAGCUUCUCCCAAAGAGCUCCCGCCUUGGAACUGCACUAGCAACCAGUUUGACUCGGACGAGUGGGUAGUGCCAGGCAUGGUGGCCUAUGUUGCGCAGACGGUCUGGUUGGAGAAUACGUCUUUGCAAAACAACAUUUUAUUUGGCCAGCCAUACGUUGCCAGCCGCUACAGGACCGUCAUCCACGCGUGCGCUCUAGAGAGAGACAUUGAAGCCUUAGAUGAUGGUGAUGAGACUGAGCUGGGUGCUAAUGGUGUCAACCUCAGUGGCGGACAAAAGUGGCGCGUCUCAUUGGCUAGACUACUAUACUCCCGAGCGCAGAUACUCAUCAUGGACGACAUCUUCAGCGCGGUGGACUCACAUGUCGGUCGUCACAUCAUGCAGCACGCCAUUGCUGGAGACAUCUGCAAGGGACGAACACGCAUUCUCGUCACUCACCACUUGGGACUGGUUGUAGAAGAGGCCAGCUACUUUAUCGAAAUCGGCAACGGCACUGUCCAGCAGUCUGGCUCAAACUUGAGCGACUACGUUGGCGCCAACACAAGCGGCGGCACAGCCACACCAAAGUCGGUGUCGAGCAGUGCCAGCAGCACGGAUUCCAGGCGCCUCGCAGCCAGUCCAAUCGAAGACCGGCCUGAGACCCAUGAACGACCUGAGAAGUCGGCCAAGAAAUAUGUUGAAGAUGAAGCGCGUGAAAAGGGUGUAGUGAAGGGCCAUGUCUACCAUAAGCUAAUCAUCAGCGGUGGCGGCUGGAAGCUCUGGAUUGCGCUAUUCGCCUUCCUGACUCUCUUCGAGUCCACAAACUUUGGCCGAAAUUGGUGGGUGAGAAUCUGGACGGCCGCAAGUCAAUCCAAUGAUGUGGGCAACAACACUAUGAGCCUGGCCGGAUUCCAGGCCGCCUUUAGACAGCCCACACUUAUGGCAGUAUAUCCGUCUGAGGCUUCUCAGCCAGCUCCUUCUGAGUCUAAUUCUUUGCUUUACUAUCUCGGUAUUUAUUUACUGCUUUGCGGUGCUGGUGCACUAGUAGGGACUCUGCGUUUCUUCUGGUCGUUCCUGAUCAGCAUCCGGUUCAGCAGGGGGCUUUUCCAAGAUGUUCUCUACACCAUACUCCGAUCGCCGCUCCGAUGGAUGGACACUGUCCCUGUCGGUCGCAUUCUCAACCGGCUCACCGCGGACUUUGACAUUCUCGACAGCCGGCUGAUGGAGGAUAUGACCCUGGUGCUAGUCCACAGCUUCGAGCUCGUCACCAUCUGCCUGGCAGCCAUCAUUCUCUCUCGGGUAAUGCUACUGCUGGCUUUGGUGCUCAUUAUUGCCAGUAUUGCUGUCUCGCUACGAUACUUGGAAGCUGCAAGACCAGUGAAGCGCCUCGAGAGCAACGCCAAAUCACCAGUCUUUGAGACGUUCAACGCAGCGCUAGCCGGCGUGUCUACGCUACGUGUGUACCAGAAGACAAAAGACUACACACAUCGCAUUCACGACCAACUUGACGAAUGGGGAACCAUGACUCUGCACAACUGGUCUUUGAAUCAGUGGAUGACAUUUCACAUGAACGUCAUUGGCACGAUUUUUACCACUGCCGUCGGCCUGCUCGUGGUCCGCGUUCCCUCGCACUUUGGCGCCAACCUCGCCGGCUUCGUCUUGUCCUUUGCUCUCAGCUUCGCCAUGUCCAUGUCCUUCGCAAUGCGCAACUAUGCUACAAUGGAGCUCGACAUGAAUGCGGUGGAGCGCAUCACUGAAUAUGCUGAGCUGCCUACGGAAGACUUGGAUGGGGCACAGCCACCUGAGAAUUGGCCGCGGAAGGGUACUGUGCAAGUCGAGCACCUGCAAGCUGCCUACGCAGAGGGCUUGCCUCCGGUAUUGCGUGACGUUUCUUUCGAGAUUCGCGACAAGCAAAGAGUCGGCAUCGUGGGCCGCACAGGCGCAGGGAAAUCAUCGCUCACUCUAGCGCUCUUUCGACUGAUUGAUCAGCGAGGCGGUAGAAUCGUGAUUGACGGCAUCGACAUUUCCACGCUCAAUGCUCAAAACUUGCGGUCGCGUUUGUCCAUUAUUCCACAGGACCCUGUUUUGUUUUCCGGCACUAUUCGCAGCAACCUGGACCCAGCCAAUCAGCACAGCGAUGAGGAGCUUCACAGCUGUCUCGCGCGUGUGCACCUGAUUGACUCUGAUAGCGACCGAGGCAGCAGCAGCAGCGAUGCCGACGAUGAGUUGUCUUCCGCGGCGCCGCAGAACAACAUCAACAUAUUCAAGCGUCUGUCGAGCAAAGUGUCCGAAGGCGGCGGCAAUCUAUCCCACAGCCAGCGACAGCUCAUUUGUCUCGCGAGGGCCAUCUUAUCGCGUCCCAGGCUUCUGGUGCUCGACGAGGCCACGUCGGCCGUGGACAUGGCUACGGAUCGUCUCAUUCAGCUCAGCAUCCGAGACGGCUUCCACGAGACCACGCUCAUCGUGGUUGCGCAUCGCCUGCAGACAGUGGCCGAUUUCGAUAAGAUUUUGGUACUGGACGACGGAAGGAUUAUUGAGUCGGGGGCGCCGGCUGAGCUCUGGGAAAAAACUGGUGGUGUAUUUCGUGAACUGUGCGAGCAGAGUGGUGAAGCUCUGCAGCUUAGAAACAUGAUUUACGGAAAGAAUGUUUGA